CGAGACGCCACACUCACGGGAACAGCUCGCGGAUGCUGUAGAAAGAGAGCGAGAGAGACCGAGGGAGAGAGAGAGAGAGAGAGAGAGAAGAGAGAGAGGGGGAUACAGAGAGAAGAAGAGGGGAUGUUUGUUGGAACUCUUUUUUUGUGAUGUUUGACUGUAAGUAAGUGGUCGUUACCGGGAAUGAAGGACUAUUUCUGCAGCAAAGAGGGACGAUCGAGGUGUUCGACAUUUUUUUGAAAAGCUUCCAAAAUCCGUUUUUAAUACCCUCUUAUUUACUUCGCAUCCCUCCCUCCUCUUCCAUCUCUUCUCCCUUUUCUUUAAGGAGGCCCACGAGACGCUGCGCGCGCCACAGGGUGCCUUCGAUCGCCUCUUGUUUUUGUUUGUUUGUGCGAGGCUGUGUGCGCGCGAGGUACCCCCCGGAGGGAGCUGUCCGGUGCUGAAGUUGCAUUUCUCGCCUUCUUUUGCACAAGGACUAAAACAGAAGACGGCCAAAGAGACUGCAACAGAAAAGAAGCAGAUACAAUUGGCGGCGAACUAUUUAACCGGACCAACUCGCAGCUCGCGCUUCCUCCAAAAACCUGACGACAAUCUUUCUUCCGUUUCGCCUCUUCGUCUUGUUGGUGUGUAAACGGGCGAAUCAGCACGCUGGCCAGGCCGUCGGCGUCCUGCUGUGUUUGUGAGCGUGUGCCGCUGUGUUUGUGACAGUGUGUGUUGGUGUCGCACCACCAUGCCAAGGUCUUUCCUGGUGAAAAAGGUGAAAUUGGAUGAUUUCACCACCGGGGCGGAUCUGGAGAAUGUCUACCGUCACCGGACAGACCUCAGCCUGCGGCUCCAUGAAAAAGCUGGUUACAUCAGUGACUACAUCAGCCCUGUUGUGUACGAUGGAGAGAGUGACAGUGGGAUCAAGGUACCCUCCCCUGACCCCCUCUACGACGGGAUCCACAGUGACUAUGGGGCCCCUGACUCUGAGUCUCCAGACAGUCCCAGCUCUGAAAUCACUGACGGCUACAUCAAUGGAGACGCUGCGGUGAGCGAGGGUUACUCAGUCGAUGCCUUCUUCAUCACUGACGGCCGCUCGAGAAGGAAAGCCAUCGGCAGUCCCAGGAGCAUCCAGAGGCACACCUGCAACGAGUGCGGCAAAACCUACGCCACGUCUUCCAACCUGAGCAGGCACAAACAGACGCACCGCUCUCUGGACAGCAAGCUGGCAAAGAAAUGUCCCACCUGCGGGAAGGUGUACGUGUCCAUGCCCGCCAUGGCCAUGCACCUGCUCACGCACGACCUCAAGCACAAGUGUGACGUGUGCGGGAAAGCGUUCAGUCGACCGUGGCUUUUGCAGGGCCACAUGCGCUCGCACACGGGAGAGAAACCCUUUGGAUGCGCCCACUGUGGGAAGGCCUUCGCAGACCGCUCCAACCUUCGCGCUCACAUGCAGACCCACUCGGCCUUCAAGCACUUCAAGUGCAAACGCUGCGACAAGACCUUCGCGCUCAAGAGUUACCUGAACAAGCACUAUGAAUCCGCCUGCUUCAAAGGCCCCUACUCUCCUCUAGGCCCCCUAGAUGCAUGACCCCCUGCGUAGAUAAAACAAGAGACAAAACUGCAGACAUGAAUUACCAUUAUCCUUACACUCUGAACUGCAGACACAAACAAUCUAUUUUUGCUCAGAAUAUGACCUUGCUUCCCUUCCUCCUUCCCCCCUCUCAUCCCCCCCCCCCCUCCCCCUCUGCCACCUCGCUUUUCCUUGGAGCCUAUUCAUGAAAAUGAAGAUGAUGAAGAUAGCACAAUUUUUUCUCCUUGAGAUUUGCCCACUUAAGGAUUAAACUGAUCUACGCAUGCACUUCCUCAAAAACUGAUCACCUCCUCUUCCUCUGUCCGUUGUGGAUAGAGACAAUAAUAAAACACGGCUUCCUCCUGGCAUCUAGAUACAGUAUUGCACCGUAUUUUUUGGGACACUGAUGAAGAUGAGGAUGAAGACAAAGACAAUUGUAAGCCUAUAGCUUCUGCACUUGAGUGCAGUGAAAGCGUUUUUCAUUCUGAAUUUGUUUUUUGGGGGAUUAAUAGUAAUAAUAAUAGUAAUAAUAAUGAUAAUAAUGUUUUGCUGCACCAAGUGACCAUAUUCUCUCCACUAUUGAGGUAAAACAAACUAUUUAUUUAUUUAUUGACUUAUUUAUUUAUUUUGGCAUUUUUUAGUUUUAUUUGUAUGUUUAUACUUGAUUUGAUAUUAAUGAAAGCGUUAACUUAUUUUUUGCACUUUAAUUUCUCUGUAUGUAUGUAGGAUAUUUGCCAACCUCUUUCUAUCACCACAGGCCAAAGCAUAUGUCACUUUUUGAGUACAUUUUUUUUUUCUAUUAUGUUUUUUUAAAAACCUUUUUUUUCUUAUUAACGUUAUUGCAUGCAAAAAACGAAAAAAGAAAUCUAUGCCAACAUCAUAAAAAGCUUAUGAUUUUUUGCCAAAAUCCUAUAGAUAGAAACUUGAGGGCAAUAUUUUUCUCUUGGAGCCUCCGUAGAACUCUUUAAAAGCAAUAAUCACCUAAUGCAUGGUAUUUUAUGAUGAAGUUAUGAAGUAUUACCUACUACUGUAUAGCAGUCUAAAAAUCAGGUAUGUUUUACUUCACCUAUAGUCAUAAACAGAAAAAUAAUAUAACAGACAUCAGGGAACAUGCCAAUGUAGUGUUAGAGCAACGAAAAUAAAAGUCCUGUCUUUCCUCUCUUGUUAUGCACUGCCUGCCUCUUAGUAAGUAGAACUAAAGUAGGACGUAGGCUAGAGAGGCUGGGAUCAGCUGCUUGCUGGGUGUGAGGCCUAUUGUAGGACAACUAUAAAACUGACAGACAUGCGCUAGGCUAAGGCUAGCAUUAAACAAGCCUGUUAAACGUACUUGGAGAGGCCUUAUUUUGGAUAAUACUUUCAAAUAUGUUACUCAACAAGGAUCCUUGGCCAUACAUGAAGGUAAAUCAGUAUAUUAAAGGUUGUGAGAUGUUAAAAUGACACUUUUGUCAUGCAGCAAAGUGAUGCAACAACAGGCCUUUAUCACCCAUUUCAAUAAUCAAUAUGAUACAAACAACCCAACCAUAUGAUAACGUUAAAAAACCAUCACAUUUGAGAAUUAAAAAAAAAAGAGAUUUGCACUAGGCUAAAACGAUAGUUAGCAUAUAGUCUGUAGUGACUGUUGGCAUAUUUUCAGUAGGAAACCUUGGCCAAAGUUUAGCCCAAUGUCCAAGUUGCACUGUGGUCAACUCUAACUUCAAUGCAUUAUUCAGUUACACUCCUAGUGCACUUCCAAACCAUAAAGUGUGCAUUCUUAAGCCACAGAAAAAGCAUGCACUUUAGCUGAAUGCUCCAAUGCAGCUUAACUGUUACAGUCCAAUAGUUAUGUUACACAGAGUCUUUCUUGAUCUGCAGUAGGCCUCAUUUCACCCUUCUGGGCCGAUCAGGGGCUAACUCUAUGAGUGAUAUACCCACAGACAGGCUAACUCUAAUCUACCCCAACCUGUAGAUGGUUUGACCUUUGACUUUAGGUGGCCAAUACCAGUGUUGCUGAACCCAGUUCUCUGCAGCUCAGAAACCUUUUCUACAGAUUCAUGGAGCUUCCUGAGAGACAGACUCAGCACACACAGAUCUGCACAUAAUGUGAAGUGCUUGCCAUACACUGUAUAUUCAUUGUCACUUUGCAUAGACACAUGUGCACAAGGGCAUGCACACAUAUGCUUACACAGAGUGUCUCCCGAUAAUCAUGUCGGGGGGACUCACAAGGGGUCUCUGUCUACAGUCAAGUAUUGAUCAAAUGAAAGAAACGGGUUUAAUAUUGAAAUAGGGAUCUCUGGCAAUAGAACAUUUGAUAAUUGCAGCUCGUCCUCAGGCAUGACCAUACUCCAUUAGAGGCAGGUUGACUGAUAUUCAACACCAAAUAUGAUCAAAGGGACAAAAGAAGAUUCUGCACUGAUGCACAGACACACUUCCUCAUUUCAUCCAUCACUCCGAGAUAAAAACAGUCAGAUUGGCAAUAUUCCUGAGUGAAAAAGUUGACAUUUUGUGAUAAAAGUGUUGCCGGUGACGUGUCAGUCUUUAAAGCCUUAACAUGGAAAUCGUUUUUUUUAUAUAGAGGCAACUCUCAAGUCAAUAUGAAAGAGGCAGUUUUUGUGUUGUGAGUGGAGAAAUCUUUCUCUGAGUCAACAAAUCAGAGGUCCUAUCUCUCUCGCUAAUGUGUGAAGAUUUGAGGCACUCUUGAAUUGUAUCAGAUAAUUAGUCAUAGAGCUCUGACUUAUUAGGGCUUCAAUUGUAUUUGUCUUUUUUUUUUAUCUGUUGAAUUUCAGCCUAGGCUAAAGCUCUCACAACAACCAUACAUACACAAGUAGGUAAAAACAUGAAAUUAGCUGCUUUACUACAAGGACUAAUCUAAAUGCAAAAUUAAAGCACAAAGUGUGGCAAAGAGACCAUAGAAAAUAUGCAAUAAAAACAAAAGCAUGACUUUCAUCUUUCUGAAGAGAUCUCACAUUGAUCCCUGGUAGAGAUACUUUCUGUUAUUAUAAACACAGACUCAAAUCUUGUUUCUCCAUUUACAUUUGAUUGAAAACAGAAACAGUAUUAACACAAAUUUGUACCGUAGCAGUGGAUCAGAGUGUGACGGGCACACAGUUAGUAAACAAACCACUAAGAGUUGCCUUGUAUCGUCAGACCCAUUUUUCAAAUGCAAGUUAGAUCUGAACCUCUUUAGUGUUUGAUUUGCAAGGGGCGAAAGUGCAUUUUGAUUACAACCAAUCAGAGCUACGGUAACAUAUGAUGUAGUGAUAGGUUGUUAAGCUAGGUAGCUGGUUCCAACAUUCGGUGUAUAUAUGUUCAACCAAAAACAAAGAUGUUUGAUUUGAUUUAGUAGAAAACACUUGGCAUCUGUAGGUAAAAUGUACUAAGGUUCAAACAUAACAAAUAGAAAAUUCAGAGCUUUACACAUCAGUGGCAGCGAUCAAGAUUUUCUGUGGAAAUGUGUCAACAAUGCCCCUUCUUUUAGCCCCAGAUUAGAUGAGUGUUUGUGAUUGGCCUCACCAGAAUCAGGGUGGAUUGAAAUCUCUCUAAAAGGUAGUGGGGCCAGACGUAUCUGCCAGAGCAAGUGUAACACGAGCUCACAGAUGCGUUUUGUUCCCAGGCUAACUGAGAGUUUCUCCGGCUGCAGUGUCUCCAGCUGUUGUUUACGUGUCACAAAUUGUAUCAUCGUGCAUUAAACCUCUUUGCAACUUUGCACUGCAGUCUUCAAGUCUUGAGGGUAUUUUGGCUGAAGUUGUUAUUGAGUGGCUGUUCAGCGGUUUCAAGGCAGAGUGUGUGUGUGCGUCUGUCUCUGGGUGAGCUCCAGGUCUGUUCUCUCGAAGCACUUCCAUUUUAGUCAUCUCCACCUUAAAGAAAGUAGCACAAUGAAACUAACUAGAAUUCAGGUAGAGAAGAAUUUAAAAAACCUUGUACUAGCUUGACCUCUCUUCUUUUUUUUUGUAUUUCCGAGUUGAAGAAUGAUGAUAACCUAAAUAGUCGUUUAUUGCAGGAGGGUUUGUAAGGAAUCCUUGAAUUGAGAUGUUUUUACUGCUGUAUAGCGAUAUCUGACACACCUUAUCUCAGGAGGUUUGGCUCUCUGCUGCAGAGAGAGAAUCUCCUGAGGGUUUUUUUGAGCCAGAAUACAGACAAUGUAAGCACAAUGAACACAAAGCAUUUUGUGGCACUUCAUAAUAAAGAAUAAUCUUAACCA